GCUGUUAUCACCAGUCCUCUUGCUGGACACCAGACAAUCUGAUCUCUGGCAUACUGGAGCAAAAUGAGAGUUUAUUUUGAGGCCUCCAAAGUCGUGCUGCUGCAGAUCAUGAGAAAGCGAGCAAGGGUGGACUUCAGCCUGCAAGAAUGGUCUUGAAAUACGAUUGGUUCAGGGUCUAGCUAUUUUACAUCGAGUUUCUCUACUGCCACCCUUUGUACACGAACAAAAAUCUUGUGUAUGCGCAUCUGCAGAGAAGGAAGUGACGGUAUAUGCUUCUCCAAUGUGACGAAAGCCCACAGAACAGGUGUCGUCACUGUGCUGUGAGAGGAGGCGAGAAGGCGCCUGAGCCCAGGUGUGCUGCAGCUUCUUGUGGGAAGUCUCCAUGGUGAAGGACAGGCCAGGGCUCCCCGUGAACAGCGCACAGUGAAUGUUGUCCCUGAGCAGCUGCCUGCGGGGCGCCCCGAAGGGGGGGACAUGAUUCCUCAUGAAGACCCUGGCUGCCCCACUUGACUUUCCAUGUCCGCCCCUCAAGGCCAACAAGCCCGCCACCCAGUGAAGCUGCAGCAGUCACCGUGGAGGGGGGACGGCGAAAAAUGAAAUCCAACCAAGAGCGGAGCAACGAAUGCCUGCCACCCAAGAAGCGUGAGAUCCCAGCCCCAAGCCGGGCCCAGGAGGAGAAGGCCGCAGCAGGUGGCGGCGGUGGUGGUGGUAGCAGUGGUGGUUCAGUGCUUCCUCCUAGCAGCGACAACCAUCGUGCAGAGGCCGUGCCAUGGCUCAGUGGCCCAUCAGGGGGUGGUCGUGGGCACAGCGGCAGUAGUAGCUGCAACAGCAACAGCAACAACCACAGCAAUGGGCGCCACGGAGCUUCCACGGCUGCAGCAGCGGCAGAGCUGGGUUUGCAACCAACAAUGGGUCACCACAAGGCGCUCUCAGGGCUGGACUACUCACCACCCAGCGCGCCCCGUUCCAUGCCCACCGUUGCCGCCACUUCCACGCUGCCCACCGCGUACCCACCGUCGGGCACCCCGGUGUCUCCAGUGCAAUACGCGCACCUGCCGCAUACCUUCCAAUUCAUCGGCUCCUCGCAGUACAGCGGGCCCUAUGCGGGCUUCAUCCCCUCGCAGCUCAUCUCCCCAACGGCUAGCCCCGCUACCAGCAGCAGUGUGGCAUCGUCAGGGGUUGCCACUCCAUCCCAGCGCUCUCAACUCGAGGCCUAUUCCACCCUGCUGGCCAGCAUGGGCAGCCUGAGCCACAAGGCCGAGCCACCACCACCACCACCCCCUUCACACCUAGGCAGGACACCCCCCGGGUUGGUGGCUGCAGGCUCACCACCGACGACUCCAUCAUCCUCCGGGCAGCAGAACCAGUUUGUGCAUCUGUCCAGCGCACAACAGCAGCAACAACAGCAACAGAACUCGCCCCCGGCCAUCCCUGUCCACUUGCACCCACACCCGACGAUGAUGCAACAUGCACUCACCCUGGGGCCCUCUCCACAGGUGCUCGUGCAAUACAGCGACUCCUCCCCGGGGGGUCACUUUGGACCCCGUGAUGCCACCUCCAAGAAAGUCGUGGAUGGCCUGGUUGGUAGCAGCAGUCGUUUGCAGCAGGCCUUGCAGGCCAAGGAGCUCCUGAAUGGAGAGAUGGAGAAGGGCCGCCGCUAUGGACCUACCUCCUCCUCCACCUCCUCCUCCUCUUCUUCCUCAGCUGAGCUGGGCCUUGUGAAGGCGGCUGGCAAGGUGGCCCAGCAUCCCUACGAGUCCCGCCACCACCAUCACCACCACCACCAUGUGGUGGUACACCCCAGCGCUGGUGACUACAGUGGCAUCCGUGACAACUCUGCAGUGCGCACGUCGGUGAUGGUUUUGCCCAACAGCAGUGGCACCCCUGGAUCUGAGCUGGAGGUCCAGGCGGUGAUGUCCCACCGCGAGGCCUCCCCUUCUGCCUCCUCCUCGGCCCUCAAUGACAAGAGCGGCCUGCACCUGGGAAAGGCCAGCCACCGAGCCUACGCACUGUCACCCCAACAGGCCCUGGGCCCCGAUGGUGUGAAGGCAGCCGCAGUGGCCACGCUGUCACCGCACACGGUCAUCCAGACCACACACAGCGCCUCUGAGGCCCUGCCCGUGGGACUGCCGGCCACUGCCUUUUACGCUGGGACCCAGCCUCCUGUCAUCGGCUACUUAAGUGGCCAGCAGCAAGCGAUCACCUAUGCCGGCGGCCUGCCUCAACAUCUGGUCAUUCCGGGCACCCAGCCCUUGCUCAUCCCCGUGGGCAGCGCCGACCUGGAGGGCACGGGUGCAGCCCCGGCCAUUGUCACGUCCUCACCCCAGUUUGCUGCAGUGCCUCACACCUUUGUCACCACAGCCCUUCCCAAGAGCGAGAACUUCAGCCCCGAGGCCCUGGCCACACAGGCCGCCUAUCCAGCCAUGGUGCAGGCCCAGAUCCACCUGCCCGUGGUGCAAUCCGUGGCCUCCCCAGCCACCGUGGCACCCCCUACGCUGCCCCCGUACUUCAUGAAAGGCUCCAUCAUCCAGCUGGCCAACGGGGAGCUGAAGAAGGUGGAGGACUUGAAGACGGAGGAUUUCAUCCAGAGCGCCGAGAUCAGCAGUGACCUGAAGAUCGACUCCAGCACAGUGGAGAGGGUCGAUGACAGCCACAGUCCCGGCGUGGCCGUGAUCCAGUUCGCUGUAGGGGAGCACCGAGCACAGGUCAGUGUUGAAGUUUUGGUAGAGUACCCCUUUUUUGUGUUUGGGCAGGGCUGGUCAUCCUGCUGUCCCGAGAGAACCAACCAGCUCUUUGACUUGCCGUGUUCCAAACUCUCCGUUGGGGAUGUCUGCAUCUCACUCACCCUCAAGAACCUGAAGAAUGGCUCUGUUAAAAAGGGCCAGCCAGUGGAUCCUGCCUGUGGCCUGCUGAAGCGUUCAACGCCUGAUGGCCUGGUAGGCAGUAGACACAGGUACCCCGAGCAGGAGAACGGAAUUAAUCAGGGAAGUGCCCAGAUGCUCUCGGAGAAUGGAGAACUCAAAUUUCCCGAAAAGACAGGAUUGCCCGCCGCGCCCUUGCUUACCAAAAUUGAACCCAGCAAGCCCGCAGCCCGGAGGAAGAGGAGGUGGUCGGCCCCGGAGACCCGCAAACUGGAGAAGUCGGAGGACGAGCCACCUUUGACUCUUCCCAAGCCUUCUCUGAUCCCUCAGGAGGUUAAGAUUUGCAUUGAAGGCCGAUCUAACCUAGGCAAGUAGAGGCAGUUUGGGGCCACAGCGAGUUGGCCCCCACUUAUCAUUUGUAUCCAGAUUACUGUACUGUAGGCUAAAUAACACAGUAUUUACAUGUUAUCCUCUCCCUUUAGGUUUCUGUUCUAACCUUGUCAUUGGACUUACAGCUGGUGUGGCGGCAGGAGAUAGGUGCAGAUGCUUUUUUGUUUUUACCAUUGGUGUCCAGCGGACAAGGGGCAGGGCAGGCUCAGGCAGCUCUAAUGGCACCCAGGGUGGCUUUCCAGUGCCUGUCCUCCCCGGUGGGAGGCCUAGAAACAUCUACAGGGGGCACUGACUUGCUUCUGCACAGAAAUCCUGCAGGAAGGGCCAAGUCAGGGGCUGCCUGCGUGUGUGUAUGCCAUCCUUGGGCAUCUCCACCUUUCUGCAGCUCGCUCUGUGCCCAGAAAUGCAAGCCCAGGAUUCGUGUCCCCUGGAGGCUGUUACAAGCAAAAUCAAUAUCAGGAAUUCCCGCUGCUGGGGCCUCCUGGCUAGGUCCCCAAUUGUGGCUGGAAAGGCCACCAUGUAAAAAAAACAAA